AGACUCGCUACAACCUACGAUACGAACCCAUCACUGGCUCACCCAUAAUGACAAAGGUUAUGGUUCAACCUCAACCUCACUUCCUCUUGCUAACCUUUCCAGCCCAAGGUCACAUUAACCCCGCUCUUCAGUUCGCAAAACGACUCCUCCGGCUAGGCGUCAAAGUUACCUUGUCCACCUGCGUCUCCGCCUAUCGCCGCAUGAGCAAAGCUGGCCAGAUUCCAGAGUUUUUGAACUUUGCGGUUUUCUCUGAUGGGUUUGAUGACGGCUACAGUGUCGGAGAUACCACUUUUUACAUGAAUCAGUUGAAGACUCUGGGAUCACAGAGCUUGAAAGAAACCAUUCUUUCAUGCGCUGCAGAUGGCACACCAGUCACUUGUUUGGCUUACACCCUCCUCCUCCCAUGGGCGGCAGGGGUGGCGUGUGGCCUUAACGUGCCAUCCGCGCUUCUAUGGAUUCAACCAGCAUCGGUAUUUCGUAUCUACUACUAUUACUUCAAUGGGUACGAUAAACUCAUUGGAGAAGAUUGCAAUGAACCUUCAUGGUCGAUCAAGUUACCAGGGUUACCGUUGCUCAAAAGCUGCGAUCUCCCAUCCUUUUGCCUCCCUUCAAACAUUUACAAUUUUGUUACGCCUUUAUUCAAAGAACAGCUAGCUGUUCUGGAUUCAGAAAACAAGCCUAAAAUACUCGUAAAUAGCUUCGAUGCAUUGGAAAAAGAGGCCCUGAAAGAGAUUGAUGGCAGGCUGAACCUGAUCGCUGUAGGGCCGUUGAUUCCAUCCGCUUUCUUGGAUGGAAAGGAUCCAUCUGACACAUCUUUUGGGGGAGAUCUCUAUGAAACAUCAAAAGUAUGUGUGGAAUGGAUGAACGCAAAGCCAGAAGGGUCCAUCGUUUACGUAUCUUUUGGUAGCAUCAUAAUGUUGUCAAAGAAACAAAAGGAGGCAAUGGCACACGGUUUGUUAGCAAGCAGGAGGCCGUUUUUGUGGGUGGUGAGAAAUAAAGAUGGCAACCGGAAAACAGGCAAUGAGGCUGAAGAAGAAGAAGAUGAGGAACUGAGUUGCAAAGAGGAAUUGGAAGAAUUGGGGUUGAUAGUGCCAUGGUGCAGUCAACUAGAGGUGCUAUCACAUCCAUCUUUAGGCUGUUUCGUGACACAUUGUGGGUGGAAUUCAACGUUGGAGAGUAUAGUUUGUGGGGUACCAGUGGUGGCAUUUCCUCACUGGACGGAUCAGACAACAAAUGCAAAGCUCUUGGAAGACGAGUGGAGAACAGGAGUGAGGGUGGCGGCUAAUGAAGAGGGAGUUGUUGAAGGCGAUGAGAUUAGAAGGUGCAUAGAGAUGGUGAUGGGAGCUGAAGAAACAGGAGCAGAAAUGAGAAAGAAUGUUAAGAAGUGGAAAGAUUUGGCAAGAGAGGCUAUGAAGGAAAGUGGAUCUUCAAAUAUGAAUCUCAAGGCUUUUGUUGAAGAAGUUAAUGGAAGUGCGACUGAAACAAAGUAAAGAAUCUGAACCCCAAUCUGCUAUAUAAUUCCUACAUAUAACAAAACUGAACUCAACUUUCUGCAUUUAAUGAUUGGAUAAUAUAGCAUAUAGAAUUUGUAUCAAAGCAGUUUAAGCAUAUCAAAAGUUUCACUCU